GUCUGAGUCCACGGAGCCCGGAGGAGAACCCUGACCAUGGAGGGGCGCAAGCUGUCGUCCUACGGGAAGCGCUUUGGCUCGUCACCCACCUCCGUCCAUCAGGCCCUGAGGUUCUCCCCCGGCCGCAGAUAUGUGCCUUCCAACCCCACCACCCGGUUCUCUGUCACCAAGCUGAAGACGGCCAGCCUCAGCUUCCGCGCCGGCCCCAAAUUCUCCCCAGACAAGGUGGAUUUCUCCCUGGCGGACGCCCUCAACACAGAAUUCAAGGAGACCCGCACCAAUGAGAAGGUGGAGAUGAUGGAGCUGAACGACCGCUUCGCCAGCUACAUCGAGAAGGUCCGCUUCCUGGAGCAACAGAACAAAGUCUUGGUCGCCGAGCUCAACCAGAUCCGGGACAAAGAGCCCACGAAGCUAGCCGACAUCUACCAGGAAGAGCUGCGGGAACUGCGCCGCCAGGUGGACCAGCUCUCCAGUUCAAAGGCGAGGCUGGAGAUCGAGCGGGACAAUCUGGUGGAGGACCUCAACAACCUCAGGCACAAGUUACAGGACGAGAUUAGUCUGCGCCUGGAAGCCGAAAACAAUUUGUCAUCCUACAGACAG